AUGGAUAUUGCACAAUCUUCAGAAACACCAAGGGAACGUCGAAAUCGUCUUGCUAGAGAAGCUUAUGCACGUCAAAAAUUAUUAUUUACAGCUGAACAACUUGAGAAUCAACGUGCUAGACAACGUGAAGCUUAUAGACUUCGUACUGAGGCUGAAUCAAAUGAGCAAGCAGACCACCGACGUAGAGCUCGACGUUCAGCAUAUAUACAUAAUAUUAAACAAGCAUAUGGAUAUAAUGCUGCACGUAUGCAGAUAUAUGAUACUAAUUCUGUUAUCUGUCACCAACUUGGAUCAAUGGAGGUUAAAUGUUUGCAAUGUGGUGCACUUCAUUGGUUAGAAGAAAGAGUAGCUGGUAGUAUACUUGCACCAACUUUUAGUACCUGUUGUGCCAAUGGAAAAAUAAAAUUGCCACCUAUUAAUCAACCACCAGAACCUCUGCUUUCAUUGCUUAUUGGAGAAGAUAGCAGAUCCCGUUGUCAAAGAAAUAUCAAUUCAAAUACUGAAGAUCGUUAUAUUACGAUGAUGCAAUAUUAUGCUUAUCGUUUGCAAUUAAGACAGUAUAUUACUUUUACUGAUAAUGAAUCUUUGGUCAAUGUUGCUCGACGAGCACAAAACCAAAAAUCUACUUUAACAGCAUGGUUUGAUGCUAAUUGUGAUCAAAAUAUUUACCAAAUAGCAAAAAGCUUAACUUAUACUCAAUUUCCUCACAAGUUUGUUUUUAAUAAUUGUACAAAAAAAUGGAAUAAACGUAUUAAAGUUGAAUCAUAUGCUUUGCAUGAAUUAGAAGAUAUUCUUAUGCAACAAGGCAAAUUAUUAAAAGAUUUUUCUAAUAUGCCAAUUCCUACUACUGUAUAUCAUUUUGCUAAUUGUUUGCUUAAUAAAGAAUUAAAUUAUAAUCAAGCUAUGCCUUGCAAUUUUCUUGAUCAAAAUCUUUCAUGUCUUAAUAAAGACCAACAAAAUAUAUAUAAUGAAGUAAUAAAAGCAAUUGGACAAAAUACUCCUCUGCUCUGA